CUUUGGCUAGAUGUUGUCGGCCGAGUUAGAAUACAACGCAUAAUAGGAAGAAGAACACAUAUUUGACAUUGAGAUAUCAGUAAUUACCAAUUAACAGUAUGCAUGUUUAGGCAAAGAUUAGAUGUAUGUACUUUACACCAUAAAGGGGGGACUUUCAUCGUUUAGUAAGUUUCACGACUGAAGAAGACUUAUAUAAGUCCGAAAGUUAUUUUGAAAGCACGCGGUGUAAACUUUCAGUACGGCUUGGUCUGUAAAUUAAUGUGGAUUGUGAGAUAAAUCUAUACGAGAGAUCCGGUAUCUUGGAAGAAUUACUAAAGAAUAAUGUCAACUGGAAGAACUUGCCCAGCCCGUUACGUUCAAAAAGAUGGAGCCUGCUACAGGUUUGGUGGAACCCAUCUUAGCUACGACGACGCAGAAGCGUUAUGCGAAGGCGAAGGUUCGAGGUUGGCUGACUUGAGUGGAGCUAAUUCUGAUUAUAUUAAACAACAAGUAAAGAAACUUGGAGGAAAUGACUACUGGAUCGGAUCUUACAUGGCCUCAAGCAGAACAGUUACUAGGAGUGGCCCAAAAUGUCCGAUGUUUCGACGACAAGGAGUCACGAGUGGACAUUAUGACAAAUUGAUUUGCAACUCCGCAUACCCGUACAUAUGUCAGAAAUUUGGGCCAGUACCAGCAGAGACUGCAGCCGGAUCGCCAAAUCAGCCUGUCAGGCCAUCUCGGUUUGGGUUCGGUGGGGAGGUAGAAGUACCGUUGACAACCAGCGCAAUAAGAACUCGUUCAUCCACCACAAUAGCUCCAGCCGACUCUAACAACCAGUUAAUAUACGCGCUCGUUUCUAUGGCGGGACUUAUUGCGCUUGCAAUUAUUAUAUGGCAGUACAGGAAACGAAAAAGGAUACGAAAGGCGAAGUUAGCCAAAGCGGAGAAGAUACCAGAGAAACCAGUAGCUCCUGAUACUAUAAGUGUGGGAGGGUUUUCCACGUCGAAAUCGAACACAUUAAACAAGCAAAUUUAUUUACCAAGCAACAUUACUACUGUGACAUCUGCUGGAUCAACAUUGAAAAUAAAGCCGCAACAUGAGCGUAAAGGAAGCUUUAUCAACGAACAAUCUAUGGUGCAUUCGGACAGUGCUGGUCAGUUGAACUCAGCAUUUGAACGGGAUCCAAACCACCAUUACAAACAACAUUACCAAAUGCGUUCAAAAUCUAUGGAGAGGAACAGAAGACACGAAGAUGAAAAAAGAGAUGAACAGUGUUCUCCGUAUGGACAUAUGAGCAGACGAAGCCGAAGAUCACGUGGGAGACGUAGCCAAUCACACCGAAGAUCGAGAACACGUGGAAGGUCUUACAGUGGUAGUGAACAAUCUGCGUUUUCAGAUACUUCGUCGGAUUCAGUGAACUCGAAAUCAACAUUUAAAAGAUCUGUGCGUAGAGGAAGUGACGCUAGAGACCCAAGAGAACAAGAACACUAUUACUCCUCGCGUCGGUAUGGUCGACCUUCUCAACGAACCCGGAACUACGAAGAAGUCUACCGCGAGAGGGAGCACCGGCGCAGAUCACAGUACGAGAGGUACGCCACGGCUCUGCCUCCAGAAUCCGUUCGUGGACGAAAUAAUGGAGAGAUGGCGUUUAGAGAACAACCAAACCCAACAAAUUACGGUUACAGCUCCCGUUAUAGUGGGUACGGUAGUCGGUCUGGCGCAGCAGAUGCGCCGUACUUUGCACACGUUUCGAACCAAACGAACAUUGACCCUAACGAACACCAUAAGCACAAAGAAGUUGCUCGAGCUCGUUUGCCCAGGCAAGGUCCUAUUAGAGUCAACAGACAUAUACAUGACGUGGAAUCGAAUGCCGUGAAAGCACGGCGGUCAAACGACUCAGAUCAUAUCUAUGAAUCAUUGGACGAAGUGGCAAGAAACAGGAAGCAGAACUUACAAACGAGUGGUCCAGCGUCUAGAUCACCAGCACCACAACGACGUUUAGUGUCACCGGAUGAAAUGAACGUAUCCACCGGCUCACGAGCGUCAAUGCGCGGGAGAAAACUGCCUUCUAUUCCUAAUUAAUAUGAGGAAAGCGUAAAUGGACGGCAGUGGGCUUGUAACGGUGAAGGAAUGGGCCUCAAAACACUUAUAUUCCACAUGGGCGAGAUGAAGUCCACGGUUAGAUCACACUAUGGGUUAUUUGAUUGAGACUGAACUGGUUCGAUUGUCUCCGAAAAACUUAUAAGUAGUUGGAAUAAUAGGGUGAAAACAGGGCAUACGUUGCAUUACAUACGAUCAAUCCAGAGGGUUUGUUAGUACUCUGCAUUUUUCCUUUACCAUCUGCUGAACAAAUACAUUCUAUAAAGUAUAGACAAUAGGAUAGUGUACUUUUUACGAGAAACGACCGGGAAAUGAUACGCGUUAAUACAAUAAUUAUGCGAUCUG